GGAGAGGGGAGAGCGAGCUAGGAGGCUCCUAGCACCUGAAGGAGGGGAGAGAGAGGUGCAAAGUAGAGAGGAGACAUCAGAGAGGCCCACGAACCAGGAAAGGGCAUGUGGAAGGGAAACUGCCCAGCGGGGGACCAGGAAGCAGCCAUUGAGGGGCCAGGUGGAGAGCUGGGGGGACCAGGAAACUGGGGUCUGGAAGAUGCCCCAGGCCUCUUGGCCAGGGCCUCCCUGCCUGUUAUGCUUCCAUGGCCUCUGCCCCUGGCCUCCUCAGCCCUUACCUUGCUCCUCGGAGCCCUCACUUCCCUGUUCCUCUGGUACUGCUACCGGCUGGGUUCCCAAGACAUACAGGCCCUGGGGGCUGGGAGCCAGGCUGGAGGUGUUAGUGGUGGGCCUAGGGGAUGCCCUGAGGUUGGCAGACCAGGCCCAAGGAGCCCUGGGGAGCCUGGAGAAGGACCCAGAGCAGAAGGCCUAGUGAGCCGUCGACUUCGGGCCUAUGCCAGGCGCUAUUCAUGGGCUGGCAUGGGUAGGGUGAGGCGGGCAGCUCAGGGUGGCCCAGGCCCUGGAGGAGGGCCUGGUGUCCUGGGCAUUCAGCGCCCAGGCCUGUUUUUUCUACCAGACCUGCCUUCAGCCCCCUUUGUGCCACGGGAUGCCCAACGGCAUGAUGUGGAACUCUUAGAAAGCAGCUUCCCUGCCAUUUUGCGGGACUUUGGGGCUGUGAGCUGGGACUUCUCAGGGACUACCCCUCUGCCUCGGGGCUGGUCCCCACCCCUAGCCCCUGGGUGCUACCAGCUCCUGCUGUACCAAGCAGGCCGGUGCCAACCCAGCAACUGCCGACGGUGCCCGGGAGCCUAUAGGGCACUGAGAGGGCUGCGGAGCUUUAUGAGUGCCAACACCUUCGGCAAUGCUGGCUUUUCUGUCCUUCUACCUGGGGCCCGGCUCGAGGGCCGCUGUGGGCCCACCAACGCUCGGGUUAGAUGCCAUCUGGUUUUCAGCGGACACAACAUCUUUGUAUGUGGUGCUGAAGAUCAAACCCGGGACGCAUGCAUGCCAGGUGUGAAGAUCCCCUCUGGCUGUGAGCUGGUGGUUGGGGGUGAGCCCCAGUGCUGGGCUGAGGGGCACUGCCUCCUGGUGGAUGACUCCUUCCUGUACACAGUGGCUCAUAAUGGUUCCCCUGAAGAUGGGCCUAGAGUAGUCUUCAUUGUGGACCUCUGGCACCCCAACGUGGCUGGGGCUGAACGUCAGGCCCUCGACUUUGUCUUCGCACCAGACCCUUGAAGGAAGGUGUUCCCUUCAGACACCUGGCUGGAGAUGCUUUAGUGGCAGCCAGGACCACCUCCUCUGCGAGGGUUGGGAGGGGGCUGUGGAUGGCCAGUAAGUGCUGAAAUAUAAAUUUUGAACGCUUUCCUAA